AGGAGAACUGCUGAAAUACAGAGGCUCCAAAUAUCCCAGAUCUAGAAAAUUUGUACCUCCUUAUAACUCAGGUUCAUAAUUAUGAUGAAUAGCAAAAAAUUGGAAAUCGACCCUCAAGUGCAGCAAUUAUUGAACUUGUUAAUGAAAUCAGAGAAUGCAGUAACUGACCAUUUUUCUCAGUAUGAUGAAGAAAAGAAAAUACGUAUAUACUUAAAAAUUUUAAUAGCAAUAAAAAAUGCUAUUGAAGCCAAUGAGGAAGUAAAAUUUCAAAGAUUAUCGACCUCCUUGUCAUUGUUGAGUAAAGGGGCCAGUUCUCCAAAUUUAAAUUCUUCCUUUAAUUGCGAUGACAAUCCAUUUAAAAUGUCUAAUGUGAUUAUAAUGACUUGUAAAUAUAACCGAUUAGAAAUCUUGAACCACAUAUUUAGUGAAGAUUCAAUGAUUAUCAGUGAUCUUUCUUCAAAAAUUGGAAGAGAAUAUCCUUUGCCUGCCGAUAAUGACGAAGAAGAUCACAAUGCCUUUUAUUAUGCAAUACGUUCAGGAAAUAUCCGACUUUUGGAAGUUUUAAUGAAGAAGUGGCCAUCGGACUAUUUUUCUUCACACACUGAAGAAUUGUGUUCUCUCCUAUCAAGGAGCUUAAAUGAAUUGAACUUAAAAAAUGUAGAUGUAUCAAUUGAAAUGGAGAUGUUUAUAAACAGUUUCUUACUUGAUUACUAUUUAGAAAAAAACCCUCCAUCUGACUCAAAUGUUUAUUCUCACGAUGAUAUCGAAGAAAAACUAUCACUAAUAUUAGAGUACAUUGAUUUAUUUAGAACAAAGAGUGAAUUUAAAGAUCUGAUGAUCUUUUCAGCAAAACAACUUGCCGUGAAUAUAAUGAUUUUGAAAAAAAGACUGAAAUCUACUUAUGACAGAAUACCUUGGGAAGAAAUGGAACUUCAUUUAGUUUCGAUCAUCCGAUAUCUGAAUAACCAGGGGAGUUAUAUAAACUGCUGUGUAACAAUGGCAGACUUCGUAAAAUACCUCGGUAUUUUUUCACAAUGCAUACUGAAUGAAACCAAAGAAAUCGAGCAAGUGGAUAUAAAAAAGCUAUGUGAGCUUCCUGAAAAAUUAAAACGAGGAGAUGUAGUAAGCCGUAUCACCUCUAAAUAUCCAGACUUUAAAGAAUUUUACCAAAAUUACGACUUAAUACGCGAUUAUGAGUCUCUUAAUAUUAUUAAAAAAUAUGUCGAUAUAGUAACGGAAGUCAACUCUCAAGAAAAGAGUGGGAAGACUGUAAUUGUGAGGGCACUGCAAGUCAUAGGAGAGAAUUUAAAAAAUUCACUGGAAUCGCCUAAACUUUCUUCUGCUUCAAACGAUUUCUUGAUGUUGUUUAUGCCAAAUCAGACUAAUACUAUUUUGAAAACUUUGAGAGAUUCGUUUUCUCACGGAUUUCCCUUAUCUACCUGCCAAGAAAUUGAAGAAGUUUUCGGAUCUGAUUUUUACUCAUUAGUUCAAAAUGACGUGAAGAGUUUAAUCCAUGGCAUCACUUCAGUACUUCAGAAAAUAAAGUUUAAAACUCUCAGAACUCUAUUGGAAAGAAUUUGCAAUUGCGAAGACAUUGAUUCAUUCAAAGACAUUUCCUGUAUGAUUCGACUUAUUAAUCUUAAAGAUGACCUAACAGAUAUAAAUAAUGCUAUAGCAGGCAACAAUGAUAUAAUUACAGUAGAAAAACUCGUGUCCGGUUUGAAUGAAAUUAUGAAGGAAAAAACACCUAUUGAAGAGAGUAACUUUAAGAAAAUAGCAGAUAUUAUUAAUUUUGAGAAGGGUAAGUUGAAAAACUUCGGAAUAAAAUUUGAUACAACCCUUGCUCUGUUAAUUUAUGCACGCGUUCCUGAGUGUAAAAUGGAUAGUUUCUUCAUUUCCGAGAGAAAAAAGUUUAUAAGGCAGAAGCUGAACUACGUGAAUCCUGAUAAUAUGUCACGAAGCUUAACAAGAAUUGGAAUACUAGCACAUGAAAUAGCAAGGAAUGCGAAAGUAGAUGAACAGAAUAUUUUUAACUUCUAUUCCAUAAUUUUCAAAAUUUUCUACAUUACUGAAUGUCAAGGGCAUGAAAUUAAACACCUUAAGAAACUCAAGAAAAGUUAUGAAAAAACUGUAAAAAUCACAAAUGAGAAAAUUAGAAGCAUAAAAAAGUCGUCAACUACCUGUUAUCAAGAUAUCUUAUACGAUGAUAUUAUUGCUUUAAAGAAAAUUGUAAGCGAUCACAAUUUCUCAGAAAAAAAUGUUGUUUCAUUUCAACUCUAUCAGAAUAAUAAAAAAGUGCAAGUAGAAAUUGAAAUGCUUAUAAUGUCUAUUUUAUCUAGCUUAGAGCAUUCCAACCUUUAUUUAAUAGCGAGUCAGCUGUCUAACGAAGAAGAUAAUCCUUUAUUGGUUGGAAGAUAUCUAAGGAAUUAUCUAGCUCAUGGUAAUCCUGUAGUAGACAUUUUGAUGGAUUCAACUCAGUUAAUAUUUUUAUAUGCUUUAAAAAUUAUUAAACAUGAUAUUUAUCGAAAAGAAAAUUUCAUGAUUAAACGCCUGAAGACUAUAUUAAAAGCAAAGUCCAUUGUUGAAAAUCAAGAGAGAUUGUUUGGCGCUUUGACUAGAAAUUCCACAGACGAUGUGAUACACUGGAUAACAGAAGGGGCUGAUAUCUAUGGAAGAGACCACGACUUGAUGACAUCGUUACAUUUUGCUUCAAAAUCAUCUAACAUUGAUAAUAUAAAACUCUUAAUUGGCCGUGGUUUGAAUCCAAAAGUCAAAGAUUUUUAUGACAGAAAUAUUCUCCACGUAGCUGCUGCAGGAUGCAAAGAAAUGGCAAGUUACAUUAUAGAAGAGCUAAGAAUAUCAGUUGAUGAAAAGUGUAAAGGAGAUCAGACAGCCCUCCACAUUGCAGCAGAAAAUGGCUGUGUUGAUGUCGUAAAAACAUUGCUUCAGAACAAGACUGCAGUAAAUAUCAAGAGUCUAUUACCUAGGACUCCACUGCACAAUGCUGUGAUCAAUAAUAAAGUAAACGUUGUUGAACUGUUUCUGGAAAAUAUGGAAGAUAUAAAUUUGAUCAGAAAUCCAGAGGGGUUUAAUUUAUUGCAUUUUUCUGCUGAGAUGGGUCACUUGGAUAUGACUUUUUAUUUACUUCAAAAAGGAGCUUAUGUUAAUUCUGCAUCUGAUAGAUUGCUCUCACCAUUGCAUCUAUCUUCUUAUGCAGGUCAUACUGAAAUAGUCAAAACAUUGCUUUCAAAAGGGGCAAACGUAAAUGCGAAGGAUUCAUUUAAUUACACUCCACUUCAUUUCGCUGCAGUAAAUGGUCACGCAUCCACUGCUGAGGUUUUAAUUGCAUAUGGUGCAGAUAUAUAUUCUUCAGGUCAUGAAGACCUUUUACCUUUGCAUUUAGCCAUUGUGAAAGGACAUAUUAGCGUAAUAAACACUUUUGUAAAACACGGUGUAAGUAUUAAAGAUGUCACAAUAAGAGGUGCUUCUGUACUUGAGUAUGCAAUUCCCCACACAAAUUUAGAUUUGAUAAAUUUUUUAAUCGAUAAUGAUGCCCCUGUUAAUGUGAAAGAUGUUAAUGGCAGAAAUCUUCUUCAUCUAAGUAUAAAACACGGAUCAAUAGAUUUAUUACUGCGAUUAAUUGAAAGAGGAGUUGAUAUUAAUGCAGUAGAUAAAAACGGUUUCACACCUUUGAGUCUCUCCAUCGGACUGGGAUACUUCGAUAUGGCUAAAAAACUCUUAUCCAAAAAAGCUGAUAUUGAUUCUGUUGAUAAACGUAGACAAAAUUUAUUACACAUGUGCGCUACAAAUUUAGAAUAUUGGAAUUCAGUUAGCAGUGGUUACAAUUUAAUUAAUGAAGAAAAACACAAUGUUUCAUUUCCUAACUCGAGUGGGCUUGAAGUAUUUAAAAUACUUGUUAACUUGGGAAUUAACAUUGAAAUGAAAAAUAUCUAUGGCCAUACUCCAUUGCACAUUGCCUGCAUGUUCAAUAACCUCCCAAUAGUGCAAUAUUUAACUGAUAAUUCAGCCAACCUUAACAUUCCUGAUAAAAUUGGGUUUUCACCUUUGCAUUACGCUGUUGACAGUAAUAAUCUUGAGCUUGUUAAAAUACUUUUCGCAAGUGGAAAAUGUUCAUUAAAUUCUAUGACUUCUGAAGGCGAUACUGCAUUGUGCUUAGCUUCCAAGAGCAAUUACGCUGAAAUAACUGAGUUUUUGAUCAAAAAUAAAGCUGAUGUGAAUGACGGUGAUCCACUUUAUAAAGCUCUCGUGCAGGGAAGUCAGGAUACGUGCAUAAUUCUUCUGCAAAAUAAAUUUAUAGAUAUCGAGAAACAGUUUAAAGAUAAGGGUGAAACUCUUCUACAAACAGCUUCACUCAAAGGCUUAGAACGAUUGGUGUCCUGCUUUUUAGAUAAAAAGAGACUUUCAAAAUCAGUUAACAUAAACGAGUCCUUGUUUUCAGCAAUCCAGUAUGGAUACGUGGAUAUUGUAAUCCUUCUGUUAAAUCACGGAGCUGAUGUUAACAUUGUUUUUGAAAAUCAUAUUACCCCAUUGCUCUUAGCAGCAUCACUCGGUCAUUCUAAAAUCAUGCAAGUAUUGUUAGACAGAGGUGCGGACUUUAAUAAAUUAGAUUUAGAAGGUAGAAGUUCAAUUGAAUUGGCUAUCAUGCAUGGUCAUUUGGACUCAGUAAAAUUAUUUCUACAGAAUGAGACUGUGGAUGUAAAUGAAAAAAUAAAUGGCGAUUAUACUCUGUUGCACAUUGCCGUGCAAUGUGGAAAUCUAGACGUAGUAAAGUUUCUUAUGAACGAAAAUGCCUCAUUAAAUGUUGCUAACGAAAUCGGUUCAAAACCUGUUCACGUAGCAGUUCAAGCUGGACAUUUACAUAUUGUUAAGCACUUCCUCCAGUGUGAUGAAAAAUUGUUAACAGAGCGUGGAUGUUCAAACAACACACUUUUACACUAUGCAGCUCAAGCAGGCGAAACAGAAAUUGCAAAAUAUUUGAUUGAAAAAGGAGCAGAUGUCAACGAAUCUGGAGAUGAUGGAGUAAGGCCUAUCCAUUUAGCUUCAAAGUUUGGCUUUGAGGAAGUACUAAAAGUACUGCUGAACAAUGGCGCCAUUUACGAUUGCAAUCUUGAUGCCUUUCCAAUGACACCACUACUUUUUACUCAUAAGGAAGGUGUUAGAAAAAUAUUAAUGCUGACAAAAGAAAUUUUUGACUCAGUUAAAAGCAACAAUGUUACGAAGGUAAAAUCGCUAAUUGAUAAAGGAGCUUGCAUCAAUGCGAAAGACUCAGGAAAUGCCACCCUUUUGCAUUAUGCUGCAUGGAAAGGGUUGGUGGAUAUUAUUCAAAUUCUGUUGCAAAACAAAGCAAAUCCUAAUAUAGUUGGAAAAAAUAAUUCCACUCCUUUGCAUUAUGCGUCGAAGUCUGGGAAUAUUAAGGUCGUAAAAAUUCUAUUAGAAAAUGGAGCCACAUAUAACGCGAUGUCAACAGCUGGGAAAACUCCUCUUGAUCUAGCUUCAAGCAAAGACAUUAUCGAUUUAUUAAAACUAAUCGAUACUUCUUUUAAAAAUGUACAGAAUCGUAAUACUCAGGUUUUAGGUGUUCUAGAAAAAUUUAAGAAGUCUGAAGAGUUAAGGUCAGUGGUGUGUGCAAAAAAUACAGAAGGAAAAACUCUAAUAGCUUGGGCUAUUUAUAAUGAUUUUCCUGAUUUAAAUCAGCUUAAGCGUAUAUUUCUAAAUGAAUCUGAAUCCUACAGGCAAAUUUUUAAUCAAUUAUUUAGGAAUGAAGAUUGCGACGCAGCUCUAAACAUUCAAUCGAAUUUACAGCAGAAAAAUUCAGAAAUGUUUGGCUUAGAUAAUCCCUUUACAUUAGAAACCAAAGAAAUUUCAGCGAUAAUACUGUAUAAGCAGCAAAAGUAUUUACAAGCACUAGCUAUUUUUCAGGAAAUGUUGCAAAAAAAGAAGAAAUUGUUUGGACUAAAUAAUAGUGGAACACAGAAAACACGAUUUUAUAUAGGCUCUAUUUUGCAUAGCUUAGGUAAAAGUAUAGAAGCGAUAAAUAUUUUAGAAGACGUUUACUCGCAACAAAGUAAACUUUUGGGAUUCGACCAUUUUGAGACUUUGAUUACUUUAUGUAGUUUGCCAGAAGUUUUGAACGCACUUAAGCGGCAUGAUGAUGCACUGAAUAAAAAUAACAUUGCGUUUAAAAAGUUUCUCGAAAUGUUUGGGUCAGACAAUCCUAUAACUAUUCACUCCCAAGAAAAUCUUGCGAAUACUUUAACUCACUUGGGCAAAUACGAAGAAGCAUUGUCCAACUAUAAAUGUGUUUACGAAUACAAAAAGAGAGGAUUAGGGCAUCAUCAUUCAGCCACUCUGAUGUCCCUUCAUAAUAUUAAAUAUACAUCAUGCCUUCAUAAUUUAUCUGAUAAAACACUCAAUGACUUGCGAGAAGUUUUACAUAUCCAGGAGAAAGUUUUAGGUCCUAAACAUGAGUUUACAUUGAAAGCUGAAACCAAUUUAGGAGCAUUAUUGUUCAGAAGCGGUAAAAUUAGCGAGGGUUUCAAAAUUCUUAAAGAGAAUAUUGAGAAACAAAGAGCUGUGUUUGGUGUUAAUAACCCAAAAGUUUUGAAAAUGGAACAAUUUUUAGAAAAAAUGAAUCAUGGCGUCGAUUUGUUCAAUUUACGAAAACCGUCGAAUCAUACUAAGCCUGAUCAAGAUCCGUCAUCUAAUGAAUCGCUUGCGAAAGACCUGUAUCAGUACAGAACUUUUGAUUCUGAAGGUAGAACUUUCAUUCAUUUUGCUGCAAGUGAAGGACAGAUGUCUUUAAUAAAUGAUGCAUUACAGAAUGGAUGCAAUGUUAUGCAUACAACCCACAAAGGAAAUACAGCUUUGCACAUUGCAUCGUCUAAAGGACAUUUUGAAAUUGCUGAAAAGCUCCUAAUGCAUGCGAAAGAAAAUAACUUCGAUCAAUUGUCUUCAUUCAUAAAUGCUAAAACAACAACUGGAGGAAAUUCUGCACUGCAUGCAGCUGGAAAUGUAGAGACAGUCAAGAUUUUGCUUAAGUACGGUGCCAUCUACAACAUGCGAAAUAAGGAGGGUAAAACACCAAAAGAUUACACUAAAGUAAAAGAAAUUUCUGAUUUUCUGCAACUUAUUGAUGAGUUUUUCACAGGUGCUUCGGUUGGAGACUGCAAAAUAAUUUCCAAACUGAAGAGCCUUGGACCUGAGGAAAAAUUAGCUGUUUCAAAUGCAAAAACUGAAGAGAACCUCACGUUACUCCAAGUGGGUGUGACCAAUGGAGACAGGAAAUUUAUUAAAGAAAUUGAGAUUUGUUUUAAAAUCUAAAAUUAUCUAAACACAAAGUUUUUUUUCAAUAACUCUAUCAGGGUAUCAAUUAAAUCCAGGAUUCUUAAAUUUCAGUUCUGAUAUAUUCUAUUUUAAAUUACAAGCAGCUUUGCUGCGAGAUCUGUCAACCAAUUUUUGAAGAAAUUUACGUAAAUGGACAUUUAUGGCAAAAUAAUAACAUACAUAUGUGCUUACUGAGAUUUGUUCAUUAAAUUAAAACAUGUUUACAUUGGUAAUUGAAAAAUACUUGAUUAAAUUGUGUAUUAAUUGUUUUUCAUUACUUGUUAGCAACUUUUAAUAGUUUGAUUUGCAGGUUUUGCACUAAUUUUUUCACAAGUGUUUUGCAAAGUGAGAAUUACAUAUUUUAUUAUCAUUUUUCUCAACACUUAGAAACGU